UUCCUGCUAUCGAAUAACGAUAGGCCCCGAUAGGCGUUACAUAUUUUAUUUACACUAUUUAUAAAUUAAAUUUACCGAAAAAUGCACCUGACGCUGAUCAACCUGUUCAAGAAGACCGUGCCGGGCCACAUAUUCCGCGGCAAGCGGCGCCUGGUGAAGCCGGUGAGCCAGCGGGCGAUGGACACCCUGACCCGCGAGUACGAGCGCCAGGAGCAAAUGAUGCUGCUCCUCCGGCACCCCUACUUGACCCUGGAACAGUCAUCCGGUCACGCCAAGGAGCUGCAGAAGCGCGAGAAGCUGGUGGCCAAGUGGACGGACGAGCAGACGCUGCGCAAGAUGAAGCCGCACGUGACCAUCGAGGAACGGCUGAGCCAGCUGAAGAUCAAGGAGGCCUGGGACUAGCCGGCUUCGUCUGUUGAAGCCUUGUUACUUGUACAAUAAAUAUAGAUUUUAUGGAAAUUA